AUGCCCAAAGAAAAAGAGGAAACAAGCAUUUUGGCGCAGGAGAAGCUCGGAAGAAACUUUAUAGAAGAGACCGUUACAAGCUAUGAGCUAGAAUAUCAAAUUCAGCUGGUUGAGACUCGUCGCAUAGAGCAACAGGUAGAGCAGGAGCUCAGACGCCAGGAAGACAACCGACGAUAUCAAAAGGCUGAGCUAGAGAAGAAGAGAGGUCUAAUGGAGGCGAGAAUAGGAGAACGAGCAUCGACGCUAGGAAUAACCUGCCGGGGUGAUCCGGUACGACGCAACCCCAUUGAACGAAUCAACCACAUAGAAACCAACAGUCGCGGUGAACGGAUCGUCAGUGGCAACACAAGCAGGGUCGCAAUCAAUGGAGAGGUUGCGAAUGCAGGAAGAUGGAGCAGCUACGAGGACGCCAUUAGGCCAUUAGGUAAGCGAGCGACCCGUGCACUCACUUACUGGAAUGCGUCUGGUGGCAGAGGUCCCGGUACGGGCAUAUAA